GCAGUUGUCAUCAGUUUCAUUUGAAAGCAAAUCAAAACAACCCAAUCCUCCAAGAUGUUCAAGUUCUUCGCCGUCGCCCUCUUCGCCCUGAUUGCCUGCGUGGCUGGCAAGCCCGGAAUCGUGGCUCCUUUGGCCUAUUCCGCUCCUCUGGUGGCUGCUGCUCCGGCGGCUGCUGUCUACAGCCGGGAAUACCACGGAAACUUCGCGGCUCCCUACGUGGCAUCUCCCUAUGUGGCUUCUCCUUACGUGGCAUCUCCCUACGUGGCAUCUCCCUAUGUGGCAUCUCCCUAUGUGGCAUCUCCCUACGUCGCUGCUUCCUACAGCGCUCCCCUUCUGCUGAAGAAGUAGGAUGGACCACCACGGCAUUACUUGACCUGAUAGUAUAUCACCAUCGAAACAGAAAAUAAUAAAACAGUU